AUGACCAAUCCUCAGCCUACAAUAGAAGGUGGUGUUUCAGAAGUUGAGAUAAUUUCACAACAAGUGGAAGAGGAGACAAAAAGCAUUGCUCCUGUACAGCUUGUUAAUUUUGCUUAUCGGGAUCUUCCUUUAGCUGCACUUGAUCUAUCUGUGGCUGGGUCCCAGCUUUUGUCAAAUUUGGAUGAGGAGUACCAAAGAGAAGGAUCUAACUGGCUAAAGCCGUGCUGUGGGAGACGAGCGGCUGUGUGGCAGGUAUUUUUGCUCAGUGCAAGUCUCAACAGUUUCCUGGUAGCCUGUGUAGUAUUGGUGGUGAUUCUUCUGACUCUGGAACUCCUAAUAGAUAUAAAGCUUCUCCAGUUUUCAAGUGCUUCACAGUUUGCAGGAAUAAUUCACUGGAUCAGCCUAGUCAUCCUGUCUGUUUUCUUUUCAGAGACUGUUUUGAGGAUUGUGGUCCUUGGCAUAUGGGAUUACAUUGAAAACAAAAUAGAGGUGUUUGAUGGUGCUGUCAUAAUCUUGUCCUUGGCACCAAUGGUGGCCUCAACAGUGGCUAACGGCCCCAGCAGCCCCUGGGAUGCUAUCAGCCUUAUUAUCACGCUACGAAUAUGGAGAGUGAAGAGGAUCAUUGAUGCCUAUGUCCUUCCAGUGAAAGCGGAGAUGGAGAUGAUGAUUCAGCAGUAUGAGAAGGCAAAGGUUAUUCAAGAUGAGCAGCUGGAAAGACUAACCCAGAUCUGCCAAGAACAAGGGUUUGAAAUCAGGCAGCUGAGGGCCCACCUUGCUCAGCAGGACUUGGAUCUGGCUGCAGAGAGAGAGGCUGCGCUGCAGGUCCCACAUGUACUGAACAAACAGAGCAGCAACAGGUACAAGGUGGUAGCAACCGAAGAUUCGGAUGACGAAGCCACCGAGAACAUCACUGAGCUGCGACCUCCACGAGAGGAUGACAUGAACAAUUACAUCAGCCGAUACUACAAUGAGCCUAGCAGUGACAGCGGUGUCCCGGAUGCAGCCAUCUGUGUGGUCACCACCACCGCCCUUGACAUCCAUCGCCCCAACAUCUCUUCUGACCUCUUCACGGUGGAGGUGCCGAUGCGGCUGGGCAGCACCGGGACAUCUGCCAGCAUCACCUCAGGCAGUGCCUCGCGCUCCACCGUCAGCUCAGGCACCCAGGCCUGCAGUGAGAGCAGCCAGACCCUGGGCUCCUCCCCGGACUGCAGCACGGCCUGCGAGGACACUGCGGAGGCUGGCACCAGCCUGCGGGCUGACCUGGUGCCCACCCGGCAGCGGGCGUCCUGCACCAUGGUCCAGGAGCUGCUGUCGUCCCUGUCAGAGGAGGCCUGCCUGGCGCAGAAGGGGCUAGAUCCUGUCAACCUGAAGCUGCCCAGCCCCGCGGGCUCAGAGGGGGCCAGUCCUGACCUGGGCCACCGGCUCAGUGUCUACAACCACAGGAACCAGGAGAGCCUCGAUGUCUUCCAGCUCAAGCCGCUCAUUGACUGCCCCCAGGCUGCCCCCAUUGAUGAGAAGUAUGGGGCCCUGGGACCCCCGGAGCCACGGCUGGGCAGGGGUCCCGAGGCAUAG